AUGGGAAACUGUUUAGGUACAGAUUUUGUAAAAUCCCACAAAAGAAUUAGACCUCAUGGAGGUGAAGAGGAGGAAGUUGAAGCCUUGUGCAAUGGAAAUAAAAUUGGACAAGAUUCUCAUCUUUGUAAGAAGGCGUCGGCAUUGCCUUCUAAAACAGAGCUCGAGGAGGAUCACAUUUUAGAGCUGAUACAGCACUGCAGCCCUCCGGAUGUGGCAGAGGAUUGUAACUCUCAGAGAGUUAAGAUAGUCGUGACAAGGAUGCAGUUAGAGCUGCUGAUUAGAAGUGGAGUGGAGCUCCAUUUGAGACGAAUCUCAAGUAAGUCACGUGUACGAAGAACUUGUAAGCAAUGGAGGCCAUGUUUAGCUACCAUUCCGGAGUUGUAG